AUGACUGGAUUAGAACGUCUGGGAGCGAUAAAGCCCACAAAACGUCAACGUUAUGAGUCUGAAGACGACUGGGACGAUGAUGAUUGGGGUGCGAAUAAACGAAAGAAACAACCGAAGCCUCAACGAUUAUGGGGAAUCAGACGAAUCCCGCAGAAGAAGUUGAAGGCUUCUGAAGUCGUUGUGGAUUCAGAAACUCCAGAAGAGAUGAAAAAACCACCGCCACGACCAUCGGAGUGGGAGCCAUAUCCGUUGACUCCUGAAGAAAUGGCUGCGAGAUUACUGGAAACGGAGAGACAUCGACUCGCGAAUCUCUCAAAAACUUCAGAAACCCAGCAGAAUAGUGACAAAAACGAGGCACAUCGUGUGAUUGGAAGCUCAAAACCUGUCGAAAGCGGAAAUUUCGGCAGAUUUGAUAACUCUUAUCUGGAGAGAAACGAAAUUUUCGACCCGAAAAUGCCAAAAAUCCAUCAGAAACCACCAACAAUUCGUUCAACUCUCCCCGAUUUUCCCCCCGAAUUUUCCGAUGAAAUUGAGGAUUCUGAUGUGUCAGACAUGCCGAAGCUCAAUGCGAUCUUCGAUUUGGACAAAGAACCAGAAUCUCUGCCGAAAAACUCAAAAAUCGCAAUCGAUCGAUAUGUUGAAAUUGAAACCGAGGGUUUCGGGAGUUCUCUGAAGAUUUUGAGAGCUAUUGGAGACCUUUUGGAUAUGGUUUAUACGGACGAAUUCGCCGGGAUGAAACGGAAAAUAGAUGAGGCGAAAGAAAGAUUUCGGAGACAGGAUAAGCCAAUUUCCCUCGACACCAUCUCGAUUUCUCUCCGUUCGGCUCUUCUCGCCAUUAAAAACUCUGCGAAACCGGCUGAGAAAUCCCAGAAAUCCUCUGAAGACUCGAAAGCUCUCUUCGGAAUUCUCGUAAUGUUAUGGGGAAUUUCGUUGAGUUUGCAACCGAUCAUUCUAGAGGAUUUCCAGAAAGAUGUGACGGACUCUAUGAUGGUUGUGGUGAAGAGUAACGAGGAAAAGAAAGUCCCGAUCCAGGCACUACACACUGUUCUCGACCUUCUUCUUCUCACCAUAAUUGUCUAA